CCGACUUUCUGCCUUUCCUAGACUGACCACAACCCCCAAACUAACAGCCUAGGCAAUCCUUAUGAACAUGAAGCUGAACGCGUUUAUUUCUGCCUUAGGGCUAUUUGCGCCCGCAAAUGCAUUGCUCCGAUUCGGUUGUUCGAGUCUGACCGUCCAACGUUUGGACCCCUUGGUCAAUCCGGGAAUGAACCCGUCCGCUCAUCUUCACCAGAUUAUAGGAGGAGUACGAGACUUAUGAGUAUCGAAGAUCUGUACCUGUGGCUAACAUGCUGUAGAACUCAUUCAACGCGUCGAUGCCACCAGAGGAUCAUGAUCUGCCUGGAUUAUCG